AUGGUUGCUGAAAUGAAGUGGUCAGAACAAGGGAAUUUUGGGUACUCGAGAGCUGAGGCUAAACCAAAUGGAACACAUCGAGUUCUGCAGCUAGAGCAGAGCCGGAGCUCGGUGAUGGACACAUUUAUAGUUUGGUUUGUUCUCACUGACAAAUCUGUUUUCUGCAAAAACAUGAGCUUUUCUUGGUGUUUCCACAGCCUUGGGAGAAAUUUGUAUAGUGAAACAGUAUCAGAAGCUACCGCAGUGACACCAACUGAGAAGCGUAGAUAG